AUGUUUCAAACAGAAGCUCUUAUUGAUACAUCAAUUUUGCCAUCUGAUAUCAUGUUAUUACGUGACGUUAAAUUUUUUGAUUUUGUUCGAAAAGAAGCUGGCGAUGCUGCUGUUGAUCUUUUUGAAACUCAAAGUAUCAAUUGUGUUAAAUCAUUGUUGAUGACAGCUGAUGUUUAUUGUAUUAUGAAUUUGAAAAGCAAAGCUUUAGAUUGUUUUAAAAAUAAACAUGGUUUUAUGCUUGAUGAUGAUACAUUCAUUAUAAACACUGGUAUAAAAGGAAAUGUGGACUAUCUUAUUGAUUUAUUAAAACAAAAAUGUACUGCUGAUGCAAAGUUAACAAAAUCUUCAAAACGUAAUCAAUCAUCACCACCAUUAGAUAGAACCAUAGACACAUCCUCAGCUACCACAGAAUCAACAAUGGCAGUUUUAUCGGGUAAUUCAUCAAACGUUGUUACAUCAAAAUCUUUAAACUUAUCACUCGAUGAACAUAAAACUUAUAUAAAUAAUACAUUGAAUAAUUGUGGUGUAUUAAAAGCUAAUAUAAAAUGUUGUUGUAACAAAUGGAUAUCAUUAACAAAUAAUCGUGGCAAAUUUCAACUAUCAAACUUUUACAGGCAUUUACAAGAUUUUCGUAAUAAUAAUGCAUGUGAUAAAAUGAAUGAAUUAAUAAAAAUUUAUACUGCACCAGAUCACGAAUCAUCAUCAAAUGCGAUAUUACUUAAUUCUACAUCUACUUCUAUAACAACUGAUGGUCAUGAAAGUGUUGAACAACCUUCGCCAUUAUUAAAAAGUAAAAGUAGAGCGAAAAGAAAGCUUCAUUCAAUACAAUCAUCUUAUAAUACGAAAGAAGUUGUAAGAAGAACGAGAAGACAAUAA